AUGGAGACACUGAUUGCUCAAGUGGAAAGUUUCGCCAGUGAAACUGAUGACACUGGCCGCGCGAAGCUUGAAAUUGCGCUACGUGACGCUCUUCAGUCGAUGGAAACGCCGUGGGAAACUGUGAUAAGGCAUAUCAAUCAAGUUUGUUACAAGGCACACCAACAAAUUGCCAUGAUUCGCAUAGGUUGCGACCUCGAUCUAUUUCGCAUUAUCGCGGAAUCUUCAAACCCCCUGACGGUAGAGAUGCUCGCCAAGCAGACCGGUGCCGCACCACUCCUUUUGGGCCGCAUACUGCGCAACCUAGCGGCGAAUGGUCUCGUUAAUGAGACAGACCAUAACACGUACAACGCGAACAGAAUGACAAAACGCUGGGCUCAACCUUCGUUUGUGGGCGCAUGUCACCACAUUUUCGAUGAUCUUGGAACCGCUGUGCAAGUAUUGCCUGACUUUCUCAAAUCCCAUCGAUAUCAAGAUAUCACGGACCCCAAGGACACUCCUAUACAGCUUGGUCAUCACACUGCAUUAGAUAUAUUCGCCUGGUUUAACACUCAACCUGAGCGACUCAAACACUUUCAGCACACGAUGACCAUCCCGCGACCGGGCGAAUGGCUAGAUGUGUUCCCCUUACGAGACUACCUAGGUGACAAUGUCCUUGCAGAUACUCCUGUCUUUGUUGAUGUGGGUGGCAGCUUUGGACAGCAAUGUAUUCGCCUGCGUGAAAAGUAUCCUGGUCUACCGGGAAGGGUGAUCUGCCAAGACCUGCCUGCCACUAUCGAGGAAGCUCCCCAAGUUCCUGGUAUUGAAUUCAUGAGCCACGACUUCUUCAAAGAGAACCCCAUUAAGGGGGCUACAUUCUACUACUUGCGCACAGUGCUACAUGAUUGGCCAGACGACAAGUGUGUGGAGAUUUUGCGGCGGCUAAGGGAAGCUUCGGACGUGGGAAGCAAGGUCUUGAUCGAUGAAAUGGUAUUGGAUAAGACAGGCGUUCACUGGCAGGCCGCCACACUUGAUAUUGGGAUGGCGAUGGCCCUCGGGGCGAUGGAGCGAACGCGAGAUCAGUGGGAGGCACUGGUGGAGCAAGCCGGGUUCAGGAUUGAAAGUGUGAACUGCUACUCAUCAAAGCCUAGUUUUUGUAUUGUUGUUCUAGUACGGAACUGA